GAGGGAGCGCGGCGUGCAGCCCGCAGAAGCCGGGAGCCUCGCUGGGAGACGCACCCCGCAGCCGCGCGCCGCACCGAGGCGAUCUGAUUGGUGUCUGCUGUGAUCAGCACGCUUGCUUAAGACUUUCUGAAUCUGGUACUACGAUUCUAGGGCACACUGGAUCGCUUACGUGAAGGAAACGGUCAGUUCGGACUCCUUGGCGGAAGGCGACACGCACACGCCGGCCUUGUUCCCAAGGAUGCGAGUGUGACUGCCGGCGUCUUCAUGAGCUCCAGAGGUCACAGCACACUCCCUCGGACUCUCAUGGCCCCUCGCAUGAUUUCCGAGGGAGACAUAGGAGGCAUCGCUCAAAUCACCUCCUCUCUCUUCCUGGGCAGAGGCAGCGUGGCCUCCAACCGGCACCUCCUCCAGGCUCGUGGCAUCACCUGCAUUGUGAACGCCACCAUUGAGAUCCCCAACUUCAACUGGCCCCAGUUUGAGUAUGUAAAAGUGCCUCUGGCCGACAUGCCUCAUGCCCCCAUUGGACUGUACUUCGACACAGUGGCCGACAAGAUCCAUAGUGUGAGCAGGAAGCACGGGGCCACGCUGGUGCACUGUGCUGCUGGGGUGAGCCGCUCGGCCACUCUCUGCAUUGCUUACCUGAUGAAAUUCCACAACGUGUGCCUGCUGGAGGCCUACAACUGGGUGAAAGCCCGGAGGCCCGUCAUCAGGCCCAACGUGGGCUUCUGGAGGCAGCUCAUAGACUACGAGCGCCAGCUCUUUGGGAAGUCGACGGUGAAAAUGGUACAGACACCUUAUGGCAUAGUUCCAGACGUCUAUGAGAAAGAGUCCCGACACCUGAUGCCUUACUGGGGGAUGUGAUGCCACCACAGCCUGCAGCAGCAGCGCCCUGAGCAGUACCAGCAUCUGCUACACGCCGCCCGCUCCCCUCGUCCGUCACCUUUCUUUUCCAACUGUUCACUCUGAUUUUCCCUGAAGUGUUUUUUACACUGGGUGUUGACAUUGAUUUUAAAACCUAGGGAGGGGAGGAGCAUAAGGGGAAAGUAUACAUUGCUAGUAACAUUUUUAAAACAACAUUUUGGAAUAGUGUUUAUGAAAAUCUUUAACUGGCUUUUAAUCAUUUUUAACAAUUUGAACAGUUUAAUAAUAAACUGGCUCUGCUCUGUGCUGAAUCCCAUGCCUUUAUCAUCAUGGCAGGUGUGUGUGGGGACUCAGCACAAAAGAAAAAAAUAUAUCUCUGGACCCCAGUGACAGCCCUGAGAGGCUGACUUUGUCCAGGACUGAUGCCAGCUCCCUCUCCCAGAAUUAUUAGCCUUCCUUUUCCUUUUCCUUCUUUGUGACUCUGUAAGUGGAAAGAAACCAACAUCUUAUUUUACCUGUUAAAUAUAAUGAAAUCUGCUGCAAAGACUCUCUUGGAAUCAUUGUACUCGAGGAUUACAUUAGCAUUAUUUUUAAUAAAUUCAUCUGCUUAA